AUGUCGUGUGAGCACUCCGUCGAUUUCGUCAGUGAUGCUGCCCGCAAGGUCAUCGAGGUCGCCGUCUACGUCAUCCUGUGCAGCGCCGUCUCGUAUUUCGGCAUGGCCGCCAACGUCAUCAACAUGGCGGUGUUUCUUAAAGAUGGCGUCAACACGUCCGUGAACAUCAGCCUCUUCCUUCUGUCCCUGUCCGACUUCUGCAGCCUCCUGACCCUGGCCUGGUUCAGCCUGUGCAUGAACCCGCUCCUCCUCGACACCAACGCUUUACCGCUCGACAACGUCCAGUACCUCACGGGUGCCUGGCCCCGGGGCUCAUUCGCCAACACGACCAGCUGGAUCACGACCUACAUCACGGCAGAUCGGUGCUUCUGUAUAGCCAUGCCCAUGAAGGUCAAGGACAUCAUCACACCAAGGAAGACAACCGUUAUCAUAAUUGGCAUCUAUAUGGUUAUGAUCAUCUCCCUUGUCCCGGAGUUCUCUUCAGCUUACUUGGCUUGGACAUUUGUCACCGGGAAAAACGUAACUUUUCUUAGUUUAGAGUUUAGAGAAAACCGGAAGAGCGUCGAAGGAGUGUCCUUCUUCCUGACGACAGUGCUCGGCAUUGUGUCGUUUGUUUGUCUGAUCACCUUCACGACAAUUCUGGUGGUCAAGCUUCACCAACAGAUGAACUGGCGGGCAGACGCGAACCCCAACACUCACCAGUUGAAGAUGGUGUCGAAGAGGGAGAGAAAGAUCGUGAAGAUGGUGAUUCUCAUCGCCACCAUCCUCAUUGUCUGCUACACGCCUGCACUCGCCCUGUCAGCGUACACGUUCUUCGACGUCAACUUCAGCGUGACCGGAUGUUACGUGAACCUGUUCUUCGCAACGUGGUCUUUCGGUUUCCUGUUUGAGGCUGUAAACUCAAGCGUUAACAUAUUCUUAUAUUAUAACAUGAGCUCAAAGUAUAAGGCAAGGCUAAACGCUGUUGUCUGC